UUCGCCAUCACUGCCCUAGAUCCUGCCUUGAACUACCAGUUGGCCUCUAAUUCCACAUUCCAAUUAUCCAAGACAAAUAUUAAAGGCAUUAUAUCUUCUGUUUGUUUUAAAGCCACCAGCGAAGACUAUAAGCUCCUGGAAAAUAUGAAUAAAUUAACCAGCCUGAAGUAUCUUGAAAUGAAAGAUAUUGCUAUAAACAUUAGUAGAAACCUAAAGGACUUAAACCAGAAGUAUGCUGAACUACAGCCUUAUCUGGAUCAAAUCAAUGUAAUUGAGGAGCAAGUAGCAGCUCUUGAACAGGCAGCCUACAAACUGGAUGCAUAUUCCAAAAAACUGGGUAACCAUUUUUAUUUCUGUUUUGCUUAAUAAGAGUACCUGCCGUUAUGACCUUAGCUAAUAUGAUAGUUAAUAUUGAGGAGGUGCUUACAAUGAUCUUUUUUUCUUUUUAAUGCUCACCCGAGGAU